CGGAAUAUGAUCUGAGCAGUCACCAGGGUUGAAUCCAAAGAACCACCAAACCAACCCAUACGGUCCAUACCCCGCUAGAACCAGAGGGCAACCCAAAGACCAUUGAAAGAUGCCCGUCAGGAACAAAAUCCUAAGAGACACCUCUCUGCUCUCGGGGAAGCCUCUUGCGGAGACUCUCACUCCCUCAAAGGUCCUCGCCACUCCUUCAGAAGAAUGGGUAACCUCCCCAGACCUGGCAGAGCCCCGUCUGCCCUACAUCCCGGAGAUCAUGGAAGAUGUAACGGUCUACCUUCUGAGCAACAUCAAUGUCAACUCGAGCCAUCUGUUCCGGGCUGACAUCCUGCACGACAGCCUGGGGCUGCUGAAGACGCCGUGGCAGAAGGAAAGAGACCAUGCUCCUGGUUCUGGUGCCCAGCCUGAGCCUGAGGCCGCAGAGGAAACAGUGGACCCGCUCCCUGCCAGGGACGUUCCUGGGUUCGAAUUGACCAGGACCGUGGUGAGACGGUUUAUUCCUCGGAACCCGCAGCUGGAUCGGGAGCUGGACCAGACGUGUCAUUUGUAUGAUAGGAUGCAGGGCAGGGAUGGGGAGGAAGACUUGCCAGCUUCGCGGGACGUGCUGGUCGUGUAUACGCCUCAUGCAACCUCCAAGGAAGAUACGCCUUACUAUCAUCCUCAGAUCCGGGCGUUGGCCAUCCUAUACCAGUUCGAGUAUAAGAAUACUGAGACAACGGAAGCAGAGGAGACGCCGCCUGGCUCGGGUACCCUCUCUCUACACUUCCUCCCCUUCGCCGACGAGGAAAUCUCCAACCGUCUGGAACGCACCUUCAGUGCCCUCAUCAACACCCAGAUCCGCCUUGCGCGCGGAACCCGUCUCUCCAACACCCCUGGGAAAUCCAACGGGGAGGGCCAAAGCCGAGGAGGCGGAGAGGGUCGUGGUGGCGGCGACAAGCCCAAUAAAGACAACAUCAUCCCGCAGCAUCUGGUGCAGAACACCUACUCGCGACUGAAGAUGAAAUACGGCCCCUCCCUCUGCCGCGACUGGGUCGAGUCCACGGAGCCCAGCAAGCACGUCUUCGAGGAUCUCAGCAUCACUGCGUUUCUGAUCGAGCUGUGGCGAAGCAUGUAUGGCGUUUGUCCUGCCGACGAGCGCUCCCAGGAGAAUGGCAGCUCAAGCAACGCAGGUGCAAACCCACGGCCGAGCUUCCCAGGCUUCGUGGACAUCGCCUGCGGCAACGGCGUGCUCGUCUACGUCCUCCUCAUGGAGGGAUACGAGGGCUGGGGCUUCGACGCCCGCCGGCGCAAAACGUGGAGCAUAUUCCCUCCCAUGGUGCAAUCUCAACUCAGAGAGGGGCUUUACAUCCCGAAGCCGUUCUCCGAAUCGAUUCGUGGCGGUUCAUCCGCAGACUGCGAACCCGCCGACGCCGACCUCGACCUCGACCUCAACAUCGGCUUGAAAUCCCACACCGGUAUCUACCGCCCCAACACCUUCAUCAUCUCCAACCACGCCGACGAACUCACCGUCUGGACGCCUCUCAUGGGCGCCCUCUCCAGCCCCGCGUCCCCGCUCCCCUUCCUCGCAAUCCCCUGCUGCUCGCAUGCCCUAUCCGGCUCGAAACACCGCUAUCCACCACCCAAGCCGAACCCUCAAACCCAGACCCAGACGCAACAAGACGACCCCAACCCCAACGCAGAAGAAGGCGAAGACCCCAACACCGACGCCCACGGCUCCCUCGCCUCCCUGCGCAAAGCCAAACUAUCCUCCCAACCCGGCGCCACCGGCUUCUACAAAUCCACCUACGGCGCCCUCACCGCCAAAACAAUGUCCAUGGCCCAGGAGAUCGGCUACGGCGUCGAAAGCACGAUGCUCCGCAUCCCGAGCACCAGGAACAUGGGCGUGAUUGGCGGCCGAGAGGCCGUGACGAGGGAAUGGCGCGUGAGGAGGGAGCGCUUGAGAUUGGGAUCGAAGGCGAAUGCGGAUUCGAAGGCGGAUUCGAACGGGGCUGAGACUGUUGCGAAGGUCAUGGAUGUGGUGAACCGCGAGUGUCUACGUGAUGGGGGCGUGCGAGCUGCGGCGGAUAUCUGGGUGGAGCGCGCGAGAGGCAUUGUUGCUGGGCCGGGGAGGGGGAAGGAGGUUGGGUUUAGUGAAGGGCAUUGA